AUGCACAAUCUCAAUUACAUCAUCCUGGCCGGCAUACCAUCCAAUACCGAUAUGGCUACAAGUGAAGACCAAAAGCUGGUUAAAGCGGUCGACCCAGUAGGACUAUGCACACCUUGCAUUCUGCCCACGUUGAAUCCACUGGGUCAAGGUACGGAGGCCCAUGAUUUAAACUUGAGUCUGGUGGUCCCUCCUUAUUUGGGAAUGAUCGGUGGGCUUAAUCGCCUCCAGGCAGAUAUCAAAUCGAGUGAACUAAUUGAACAAGCUCUGCAGGAUAAGGCUAACUUUCUUUAUCGAUGGUGCCUCUCAUUGGCCAGUCAAACGGGAACUCCGCAUUUUGCCCGAACGUCGAACGUUCACAUUCGUGAAUCUUUGCUGGAGGUCAAGACACGCGGUAACGUAUUGGCUGCUCAGUUCCAGAACUAG